UGGAGAUACACAAAUGAGACUCCUUCAAAAUUGAAAGGAUUCAUUUUUGAUUGCGGGAAUUAGUAAUUUGAAUAUUUUGGAGAAGAAGAAACACUUCGUGGAUUAAAAUAAAUGUUUCUAAACUCUUCUUUUAAACAAAAGUUUAAGAAGAAUAUAUGGCUUAGCAAGUGAUUGGACAAGGAAAUUAUGCAUUAGUAUUUGGCAAUUGAUGUUUAAUUUAGGUUUUUGAAUUACAGCAUUUGCAUUCAAAUUAGCGAUUUGCUUGCAAGAGUAUUGACAAAAAUAAAGUUAAAUCUAUUGAAUAAGGAGAAGUAAUAAGCAAAAGUGUUAUAUUAAGCAAUCUGUUUUAACGAGAUAUAAAUAAUGAGAUUAUUAAGUCCUCACAAAUCACUAAUAAACUUAUUGAAGUAUAUGAAGGAGAUAAUAAUAUGUACUUGGUAAUGGAUCUGCUUAAGGUGGAAGUUUAUAUAGAGAAAUGAAAAAUAGGAUAAAUCUUUAUAGUAAGGAAGAAGUUUAGAUUGUAAUUAAUCAAUUCUUCUUAAUCAACAACCCUCCUCAUUUUAUUUCCUCAUAUUAUCAUACCAGCAUAGCUCUGAAACUAUAAUUGCUUUUCUAUAAAAAUAACUGAUGAAAAUCCUAUUUUCUUCAAUAUUAAAGAAGCAGAAUUCCUCUUUCUCUGACUAAAAACUUUAAUAGCAUAUUCAUGACCAAAGUAGAAAUUUCAAGCAAAUUAAUUUAUGGAAAGAAUUUGAAAUCAAAUUUCCUAUCGAAAAAGUUAUGCUUAACAACCUUUAAAUAUUAACUAUGUAUCAUAUCAAUAUCACAAGUAUAAUGUUAGUAAAAAGUAAUAUUCAGUAAUUUACUUAGGAAUAGAGAUAUUCACACUGAUAUUUCGACUCAUUCACAAUGCAAAGCUAAGUAUUAAAUACUUUUAACGAACCAUUUUGGGGAAAUAAUUGAUAAAUUUGUAAAUAACAUUAUCUAAAAAUAGAAAUGGAGAAAUUGUUAAAAUAAAGUUUUUAUUAGGUCAAACUACAUAUUGAUUAAUAAUAAUCGUUUUGUAAUCUACCAAAUAAUUUUUAUUUAGAAAUAAAAUUUGUUAUAUUCAUCAAUAAAUAUUUGUUUUUAAGCAAAUUAUUAAGUAUCGUACCAAUACGAGUGUAGAAUAAUUGAUAAUAUUUAUAGAAAAAAUUGUUUUUAGAUACAGUAUAUGCAUUCUAAACGAAUUAUGCAUAUGGAUUUAAAACCAGAAAAUAUUUUAUUUAAAGAAAAGGGAAUCUAAAUUCUUUACCCUUAGCAGAUUUUUGUCUUUCAGUAGAAGUUGAUGCUUAUCCUUAUUUAUAUCCAAAAUGUGGCACACCUGGAUUUGUAGCUCCUGACAUUGCAAACUUGAUUGAUAAAACUUAGCCAUACACUACUGCCUGUGAUGUUUUUUCAGCAGGAGUGAUAUUUCAUAUAUUACUGUUUGGAUAGGGUUUAUUUAUUGGGAGUGAUCACUAAGACAUUUUAAAAAUGAACAAAGAAUGUUAGGUAGAUUUUUCAAAACCAAAAUAUANUUAAUUUAGGUUUUUGAAUUACAGCAUUUGCAUUCAAAUUAGCGAUUUGCUUGCAAGAGUAUUGACAAAAAUAAAGUUAAAUCUAUUGAAUAAGGAGAAGUAAUAAGCAAAAGUGUUAUAUUAAGCAAUCUGUUUUAACGAGAUAUAAAUAAUGAGAUUAUUAAGUCCUCACAAAUCACUAAUAAACUUAUUGAAGUAUAUGAAGGAGAUAAUAAUAUGUACUUGGUAAUGGAUCUGCUUAAGGUGGAAGUUUAUAUAGAGAAAUGAAAAAUAGGAUAAAUCUUUAUAGUAAGGAAGAAGUUUAGAUUGUAAUUAAUCAAUUCUUCUUAAUCAACAACCCUCCUCAUUUUAUUUCCUCAUAUUAUCAUACCAGCAUAGCUCUGAAACUAUAAUUGCUUUUCUAUAAAAAUAACUGAUGAAAAUCCUAUUUUCUUCAAUAUUAAAGAAGCAGAAUUCCUCUUUCUCUGACUAAAAACUUUAAUAGCAUAUUCAUGACCAAAGUAGAAAUUUCAAGCAAAUUAAUUUAUGGAAAGAAUUUGAAAUCAAAUUUCCUAUCGAAAAAGUUAUGCUUAACAACCUUUAAAUAUUAACUAUGUAUCAUAUCAAUAUCACAAGUAUAAUGUUAGUAAAAAGUAAUAUUCAGUAAUUUACUUAGGAAUAGAGAUAUUCACACUGAUAUUUCGACUCAUUCACAAUGCAAAGCUAAGUAUUAAAUACUUUUAACGAACCAUUUUGGGGAAAUAAUUGAUAAAUUUGUAAAUAACAUUAUCUAAAAAUAGAAAUGGAGAAAUUGUUAAAAUAAAGUUUUUAUUAGGUCAAACUACAUAUUGAUUAAUAAUAAUCGUUUUGUAAUCUACCAAAUAAUUUUUAUUUAGAAAUAAAAUUUGUUAUAUUCAUCAAUAAAUAUUUGUUUUUAAGCAAAUUAUUAAGUAUCGUACCAAUACGAGUGUAGAAUAAUUGAUAAUAUUUAUAGAAAAAAUUGUUUUUAGAUACAGUAUAUGCAUUCUAAACGAAUUAUGCAUAUGGAUUUAAAACCAGAAAAUAUUUUAUUUAAAGAAAAGGGAAUCUAAAUUCUUUACCCUUAGCAGAUUUUUGUCUUUCAGUAGAAGUUGAUGCUUAUCCUUAUUUAUAUCCAAAAUGUGGCACACCUGGAUUUGUAGCUCCUGACAUUGCAAACUUGAUUGAUAAAACUUAGCCAUACACUACUGCCUGUGAUGUUUUUUCAGCAGGAGUGAUAUUUCAUAUAUUACUGUUUGGAUAGGGUUUAUUUAUUGGGAGUGAUCACUAAGACAUUUUAAAAAUGAACAAAGAAUGUUAGGUAGAUUUUUCAAAACCAAAAUAUAAACAAUUAGACAGCUAUCUAAAGAUCUACUGUAAAAUAUUCAUAUUUAUAUUAAAUUAAAAAUGACAGCCCCUGAUUAAUAAUAACGAUUUACUUCAGAAGAAUGUCUUUAACAUCCUUUCUUUCAUAAUAAUGAAUAAUAGCAAAUACAAUAGAAAAUGGGCCAAUUCAAAAUUUCCUAUAAUGAAGAAAAUCUUAAUAAUGAUUCAUUUAAUUAAUAUCUUUAGGAUUAUAAUACUCCUAAUUAAUAAUUUAUAUGUCAAGAUAAAAAGAAGCUAUCUAUUUUUACUCGAACUCCUCUUUAUGGUCCAAAGGCUAGUCCCAAUUUGGUACAGAAUUAAAAUGAAAUUUUUGAAAAACUCAGUCCAUUAAGCCAUUUUACUUUGGAUUAAGAGGAAUAAUGUGGUAACUAAAAAGAUAACCAAUAAAUUGCUUAAACUAAAUGA